CCCUACCACAAGGCAGUCCUUUCACUUACCAGAGAUGAUGCACUAUGGCACUUGCUUCUUUGGUUACGACCCUCUCGAGAAUCAAUACAAAGUAUUGUUCCUAUCAUCAGACUAUAGGAAGCAGGCUUGUCAAGUUUUCACGUUGGGAGAUCCCAAGACGAAGCAGUGGAGGAAACUCCAAGGUGUUGGAUCUCAUCACGUUACAUUUGAAGGUGCAGUUUGCAUCAAUGGGGCUAUUUAUUAUCGAGGGGAAACUACUACAAGUUAUAACUCUAGACUCUCUAGUUCUAGAUAUAAAUUGAUGAGUUUUGAUGUUAGAUCUGAGAAAAUUUAUCAUGUCGUUUACCCAAAAAAAAAAAAAAAAAAAAAUUUAUCAUGUCGAAGCCCCCAAAACAUAUACAGAUGACAUUUCAACUCUGGUAAACUACUACCAAGGGAAGUUAGGAUUCGUGUAUUGCAAGAAGGACAUGGAAAUUUUGGGUUAUGAAGGAUGCUGAGAAGGAGACACAAGGAUGGUCCAGGAUUUUCUUUUACGAGAUGCAUGGCUUUUCAAAUUGGCGCCUCUUGGGUGCUACUCGUGGUGGUGAGAUCGUUUUUGGCGAGUUGAGGUACAGGCUCUAUAACGAAAAGUUGUUACGUGUCUUAUAUUAUGAUCCGAAGCUAAACAGUAUGAGGUAUGUUGACCUCGAAGGUACUUUACCCAAGGAUAGAAGGCGUUACGACUUUACUUCAAUAUGAACUGUUCCGGAUCAUGUCGAGAACACAAUGUGUUUGUAUUAGACACUAAUACUUAGAGGCUACAAUUAUUUAGCCUAUUACAAAGUAGGUCUGGUUGUGGGUUUUCAGGUUAUGGUUUGUUUUUUCAGGUAAGGUUAAAUUAUAUUGUAAACUUAUAACCAUUAUUCACUUGCACCAAAUAUUGCACAAAGAUACACCAUCUACCAUCCAUCAUUCCAUCUCAUGGGUAAUAUUAUUUACCGACAGAAAUGUAUUUCCAUGCACGGGGCAAUACAUGGCUGAUGGUUUUACUUGGUCGUCAGAUUUUUAUAGCUGAUCCAAAAAAUUAAGCUCCACAACAUAUAAUCAUAUAUAAUAAUGAUGGUAGAAGACAGGAGACAUGCGUGACGUCAAAGAGACUCCAUUGCAAAGUUUAAAUAUAUAAUAGAUUAGAUUUGUUUUAAGAUCCAAUCCUAAAGAUAGAAAUGUUUUUGAGAGAAAGAGUCAGAGAUGCAUAUUAAAAAAAAAAAAAAAAAAAACCGUUAAAGAGCAUAUAAACCCUGCAUCACUCCAACUUAAUGCAGUCAACGUGCAAGAAUAUGGACUCCAAUAUCUUCCACGCUCCUUUUCUUGCGCGUCUAUUACACUCUUCCAUUCAAUGCAUUGAUCAGAUCCUGAGUGAAAUACACGCGCCGAAGGAGACCAACGUCCUUCUCUCUUAUAAAGCCUUCUUCUUCUUCUUCCCCAAUUUAGUAACUCUAAACCUUAAAGCUUUCCAACAAUGGCGGAACCUGUUUUGGAGGACACUUAUCUUACCUUCUCUUCCGAUUUCGAUUCCAUCACGAUCCCUCCUUCUUCGUUUGACAAUUUCUGCAAUUCUAGCUCCGAUCAAGUUGGGAACUCGAUCUCUGAUCUGAGGUUUUUGAUCGAUGACGACGACGGGGACGGAGACUUCCAGUUUACUUCAGAAGACGAUCUCUACUUCCCCCCUAAGAACGAAUCUUUCGCCAUUCCUGUUGACGCUCGAGAAAUGUCCGGUGAUUUUACGCCGGCGUCGGAACUUUCAGGCGAUUGUGUUAAAGAAGAAACGGAGAAGAAUACCAAUGGCGUGUUAAUAUCUACUCCAAUCUACUGCGAUAGGGAAUCGCCUGGGGAUUCUGAUCGUUCCGGUACUACUCAGAGCUUGAGUUUAUCGGCACAAGAGUCUGCGAAGAGGAAAAAAGAGAUUCAAGAAGAUUCACGUGAAGAAUCUAGGAACAAUAAGUACAGGACAUUGGAUCAAGAUGGCUUUGCAAGUGUUGUCACAGGUGGUGAUGAAGAAGAUGAUGAGAAGAAGAAAGUGAGACUGAUUAGAAACCGUGAAAGUGCUCACCUUUCAAGACAGAGGAAGAAACAUUACGUGGAGGAGCUUGAAGAUAAAGUUAAGAACAUGCACUCCACUAUAUCGGAAUUGAGCAGUAAGAUGUCUUAUUUCAUGGCUGAGAAUGUUACUUUGAGGCAGCAGAUGGGCCCCAGAAAUGGCAUGUGUCAACCAUCGAUGUAUCCACCGUUGGCUCCAAUGGCUUAUCCGUGGAUACCGUAUCCGGCUUAUAUGGUUAAACCGCAAGGUUCUCAAGUGCCUUUACUUCCUAUUCCUCGGUUGAAACCACAACACUCUGUGGCUAAGGUGAAGAAGUUCAAGAAGGUUGCUAGUGUUAGUGUUCUUGGUCUUCUGUUUUGUCUAUUUCUGUUUUGUGCAUUGGCUCCCAUUGUGAACAUUAGCUAUGGCGAGUAUAAGUCUAACUACGGGGUUUAUGAUCAGUCUAGAGGAAGAGUUUUGGUUGUUGAUAGUAAUAGAGCACAUUGUGGGGGAGAUUCUGAUCAAGGAGUGAGAAGAAACGUAUCUGAGACAGGGAACUUGGGGCCUCCUCGAAAUAGUAGUGAACCUCUAGUUGCAUCGCUAUUUGUCCCGAGGAAUGAAAAGCUUGUCAAGAUCGAUGGAAAUUUGAUUAUUCAUUCUGUUUUGGCGAGCGAGAAAGCCAGGGAUUCUGAAACAAAGAACAAAGAAGGCAAAAGCGGUGUAGCAACUACUACUAAAGGGAUUAUUUCUCCUGCAAUGCCUUUACCUGACUCCACAAGGACCAUGGAUAUGUCUAAGCACCUCUAUAGCGAAACGCCGAAAGCCCUGUCAUCUUCUGGUUCUGAUGAUGCUUUGAAAGAACAACUCAAAUUAACAACAGCCAAUGGUCAAAUGCAGCAAUGGUUUCGUGAAGGUGUUGCAGGGCCAAUGUUCAGUUCGGGGAUGUGCACCGAAGUGUUUCAGUUUGAUGUCUCCUCAACCUCAGGAUCCAUCAUGCCUGCUUCUCCACCUACUGAACAAUCUAAGAACACUGAUACUCACAAGGGGAAAAAGAACAGAAGAAUCCUCCAUGGUGGUCUUUCAGCAUCUGAUUUUAAUCUUACCAAAGAUCAUAAGUGCUCUAGCAAAGAGAACUUCCAGGACACCAAGCCUGCCCCGUCAAUGGUUGUAUCUGUGCUUGUUGAUCCCAGAGAAGGCGGGGAUGGAGACAUCGAUGAGAUGAUGGGAGGAACAAAAUCACUGUCUCCAGUUUUCAUAGUCUUGCUUGUGGACGAUGUGAAGUAUGUAACAUACUCCUGCAUUCUUCCACGGCCAGAAGUCCCUCAUCUCGUGAGCACUUGACUUGCUCUGUAUGUAGAAACCGCAAGUAGAGGGAAUUUCCCACACGAUGUGUCAGAAUCUAUCUUGUACAGUUUUUCGGUUUUGAAACAAUAUACAGAAAUCCUAGCCCUGUAAUCUUUUGAUCUUUAAUAACCCGAGAAAGUUAUACAAUCACGCCUAUUCACUA